AUGGCUGAAGGUGGUCUCCCUCCAGAACUGGACUUACACUUACUGGAAUGUCCAAUCUGCCUGGAGCGACUUCAACAACCCAAGUCCUUACCCUGCCUCCACUCCUUCUGUCAGGAUUGUCUCGGGACCUAUAUCACAAAGGGGGUGUCCGGGAAGAUGGCGUCGGCAACAUCAUUUCCUUGUCCAGUUUGUAGGAGGAUGAUCCCUCCGGGAAAUCAGGCUGAAACCAAGGAUAAAUGGGCAGAACAAUUUCCGACUAAUACUGUGAUAGAUUACCUUAUCCAGUUAAAGGAAAGUUCGUCUGUACCAUUAUACUGCAAAACCUGCCAUAUAAAAGGUAACCUGAACAACCCAGCCAGUUUUUGGUGCAAGGCAAUGAACGAGAACUUAUGCGACAUUUGUAAGGUUUCAUGA